GUGCAGCUUAGCGAGCAACCCACGUAACCCGUUUCACUUAUUUCCUUCCCCCAUUUUCUUCACCAAGCAUUUCCGUAUUCCACUUUCUGAUAUUCUCUUUCCGAUUGAAUUUGCAAGAGAAUGGUUAUCAUCAAGAAAGAGUAUGAGUUUCUGAAGGAGAUCGGUCUGGGAUCAGUAAAUCUCGGUGGUUAUGUUAAUGGCGAGUGGAAGGCCAGUGGCCCAGUCAUCUCUACUGUCAAUCCUUCUAACAACCAGAAAGUUGCUGAAGUGAAGGAAGUUUCAAUAGAGGAUUAUGAAGCGGGACUUCGUGCUUGCAGUGAAGCAGCCAAGACAUGGAUGAGUGUUCCUGCACCAAAGAGAGGUGAGAUCGUAAGACAGAUAGGAGAUGCAUUCAGAGCUAAGUUGGAUUAUCUGGGUAGGCUCGUGUCACUUGAGAUGGGCAAAAUAUUACCUGAAGGAAUUGGUGAGGUUCAGGAAGUUAUUGAUAUGUGUGACUAUGCUGUCGGGCUGAGCCGACAACUGAAUGGUUCAAUAAUACCUUCAGAACGUCCAAAUCAUAUGAUGUUCGAGGUGUGGAACCCACUGGGAAUAGUUGGAGUGAUCACUGCUUUCAAUUUCCCAUGUGCUGUUCUUGGAUGGAAUGCCUGCCUUGCCUUAGUCUGUGGAAAUUGUGUUGUGUGGAAGGGUGCACCAACAACUCCAUUGGUAACUAUUGCUGUCACAAAACUAGUGGCUGAGGUUCUUGAGAAAAACAACUUGCCCGGUGCAAUAUUCACUUCAUUUUGUGGUGGAGCAGAAAUUGGUCAAGCAAUAGCCAAAGAUACACGGAUUCCCCUAGUUUCAUUCACUGGAAGUUCAAAGGUGGGUUUGAAGGUGCAACAAACUGUUAGCGAGAGGUUCGGUAAAAGCUUACUUGAAUUGAGCGGAAACAAUGCCAUAGUUGUUAUGGAUGAUGCCGACAUCGGUCUGGCUGUGCGUUCUAUUUUGUUUGCUGCUGUUGGAACCACUGGUCAGCGCUGCACAACAUGCCGUAGAUUGUUUCUUCACGAAAGUAUAUAUCAAAAUGUAUUAGAGCAAUUAGUUGGAGUUUACAAACAAGUCAAAGUUGGAGAUCCUUUGGAGAAAGGAACCCUUGUUGGCCCAUUGCAUACUUGUGCUUCAAGGGAGAAUUUUGAGAAGGGGAUUUCUGCCAUAAAAUCUGAGGGAGGGAAAAUUCUGACCGGUGGAUCAGUUAUAGAGUCAGCUGGGAACUUUGUACAACCAACAAUAGUCGAGAUUUCUCCUAGUGCCUCCGUAGUGAAAGAAGAAUUGUUCGCUCCGGUUCUGUAUGUUAUGAAAAUUCGGAGUCUGGAAGAAGCAAUUCACUUGAACAAUUCUGUACCGCAAGGGCUGAGUAGUUCAAUCUUCACCCGCAGGCCAGAAGCUAUUUUCAAAUGGAUUGGGCCUCGUGGCAGUGAUUGUGGCAUAGUGAAUGUAAACAUCCCAACUAAUGGAGCUGAGAUUGGCGGCGCCUUCGGUGGAGAAAAGGCAACUGGCGGUGGCCGUGAAGCGGGUAGUGACUCUUGGAAGCAAUACAUGCGACGUUCAACCUGCACAAUCAACUAUGGAACAGAACUACCACUGGCUCAAGGCAUAAACUUUGGCUAAUGAAUCAAGACAUCACGACAAAAACAGUUCAUAUACCGUCUGAACUGCGAUCUAGUCGAGAAUUGUCAUAUCAUGCCAACUUGAUUGUGUUAUGACAAUAUUGUAAUGAUGUUGUAGGACUAAUCUCCGGUCUCAUAAAAUAAAAGCAGUUAUAAUAAUUGGAAUAAGCUUUUUCGCGUUUCUCUUCUACUUUCUUUUUUGUAACAUUUUAGUGGCAAGCUUUGAGACUUAUAUGCUACUCAGGCAAACGCUGAAAUGUGAUGCUAGGAAAGCCGCUAAUAGCGUACGUGUGACCGAUGUGGGGCCAUUGAAGACUUGGAAGCUAUAAUAUUUCAACGAGUGAAAAA